GAAGGACCGCAAGGCACCUUUCAGACAGUUGAAACUUUCUAUGAAAGACAUUCGAUGGCAGUGGAAGCAUGACGGCUGCCCAAGAGCUGUGAUGGGGAACCCUAGCGAGAAACAAGAUCAGGUCCGGGAUUGCCAUAAGUUUUGUACAACGGCGCUCCAUAAGGCGCCUCAAAAGAGCUUGUGGCUUCUCGCCGAUCAAAAGGAAGAGGAGGUCAUUAAGAAACAAAAUGUUGCCCUGCGUUCUUACUUACCUCUGGCGAUGGCCGGGGAAAAUGUCUGGAAGCUGGCCGUGGAAUUUUUCGAAAAAUGGGACACGGGCAGAUUGCUUAGCCACGACGGGGCGAAGUGGAUCGUCAAAAAGAAGAAGGUCAAAAACGUAAAGCCUGGGGUCGCCUACAUCCACAACGACAAAUUGGGCGGAACGGAGGUGGUGUACAACGUCCCCGUGGACCCGUCGAACAAAAAGGGCAAAAAGGAGAAAGAGGAGGGCGAUUGGUUCGUGCAAGUGCCAGAUCCGGACGCGCAUUGUUGGAAAACAAUGGAAUCACUCACGGACAAUGAGAAGUGUCGCGUUCUAAAAAAGGUGCUUGCUUGCGAGGUCGUUUGGGUCCAGGCCGGCUCCCCGUCGUUGGCGAAGUUGGGAAAGCUCAGCGUGCAGGACGUGGUGCAGCUGGUGAAGUGCGACCGCGUGCUGGUCCGGUUGUGGAAUUACUACCAAUUCAAGCACGAGAAGAGGCCGGAUGCGGACGGGAUCCAAAGGUACCCUUUCUUGAGAUCGAGGUCUGUCGUGUUCAAGAAGUAUGAAGGUCAGGGAUUGAAUGACGAGUUGUGGGAUAACAGCAGGAAACACGUUUCCGACUCGGCGCUGUUCAAGGAUUGUCCGCCGUACAUGGGUUGCGACCAGGACAACUCGAUUGAGGUGACGGAGAAGUUGGCAGGCCACAAGAACUUGUCCGUGGUGAAAAGCAAGGUCAAUUCGGGUGGGCACAAUUGUGAGUUCAUGGUCGUGAGGCCAACAUGGGAUAAGGUGUGGAGCGACAAGACGGAUAUGUGGUUCAAGUUGAGCGAGAGGAAGAGGAACAAGAUAUACGAUUUCUUGUUCCUUCAAACGCAUCCGAGGAGGGACGCUGACACCGAGUACAUCUGCCGGAAGGACCACAUGUUGGCACUGCUCAACAACUACCACUUCACCUUCCGAUUGAACGUGAAGACGUUUAUCGAAAGGCUGCAGUCGCUGUAUUUCUUGGAGUCCGAGGAGCAGUUCAAGUUAGCUAGUUACACUUCCCUGAUCUCCACUGACGACGAGGAAGCCAUAUGUGUGGAGUUUGUCGCCAACGCGAAGGAGGAGGAGAGCGACACGGAGAGCAUCGAUCUGCAGUACGACCCGCCUCUGGCGGACCACGGCCGAGCGUCCUCGUCGGCCGGUCCAUCACCAAGCGCUGUAGCCCUCGUGUCACCAUUGGCCAAACCGGCGCCAGGCACCACGCCGAUGAAGUUGCUGGAGAGACUUAGAGCUCUGGCUUGCUUUGCUUGUUCUGGGGGGGUGUCACCUGGAAGCGGAGGGGAUGGGGGUGGCGACGCAGGGGGUGGCAAAGGAAUCCCGCCUAUGGGGGAGAGAGGGUCUCACGCCCGCAACACGACACCGGGAGGCAGCGCCGGGGUGGCGGGUUUCGUCGUCGACCGGACUCCGUCGACAGGCACCCGGCCCGAGCAUACGACACACUCCGCCGACCCCCCGACUUCGUCCGUGGGCUCAGCGAGGGACACGUUGGCAGCCUUGGUUGCUCUGGGCAGUCGCUCGGCCGGAAAGCCGAAGUCCGCCGGGAUCCGAACUACGUCGGGUGAGGAGCCGCCAGAGCGGUCCGGAAUGCGAAGCUGCUCGGGGUCGGGGGAUCCAAGCAAGGAUCGAGAAAUUCGCAGCAUUGCGGUGCGGGACGGAGACGUCGGAAAGGUCUCGCCUGAGCGGGAGCGACGGCCGCAAGGAUUGCAGCGAGAGGCUGCAAGUGCAGGGUCCGGCGACACGGAGACCACGAAGUCCGCCGAGAUCCGAACUUCUUCGGGCGGGGUUUGUCGGCCAGGGAUUGUCGUGCCGUUGAGAGGGGCAGCGUGCACGGGGACUGAAGGGUGGUCCUCGAGAUUCAGCAUGGGUACCGCGGAAGGGGACGAGUUUCGUGGGAGGGAAGUAGGGGAGAAAAUGGAGGAACAAAAGGGAGCGCAAGAAGGGGAGGAAGAAGGGGAAGAAGAGGUGGAAGGGGAGGAAGCGGGAGAAACGGAGCUAAUUGAUUUGUUUGAAGGAAGGGAGGGUGUCGGGUAUGGAGAAGACAAAGUGGAACACAGUGAGGACGAUGCCGGAUCUGGAGAGUCGUCUGACGAGUUCGGACAACUGUAUGGAGAGCAUCACGAGGAUGAUGUCGACGACGAUGCCACGACAAUAGAGAUGGAGACACAAGUGGUUAGCAGCCUUUCCGCAGAGCCUGAAGAUUCUGCGGUCCGGCCACUAACGUCUGUUGUCGACUUGCAACACCCGUUCGACGAGGCUUCCGUCGCUAUCAGCCCGUUUGAAAAAAGUCGACGUAUAAGCAUCCACGAAGUUAUCGACGGUAUCCUCGGCGACCACAACGUGUCUGCCCGUCCGUACGCAACUGCCAACGUCGCAUCUUCCGUGGCAGCUGCCCUCGCUUCGUCGCCGCCGAAGUCUCUGGUGCUGUCGGCCACCCUUGCCGCCGAAGGGGAAGGGGUGGUGUCGUCUCGAACACGGAGGUCCUCCAAAUAUCCAGAGCACAUAUUGCAGAAAGUCCCCGGGUUGAGUAAAAAACACAAGGAUAUGUUAAAGGCAUCAGAGGUUGAUGUCGAGAUCGGGAAGAAGGAGUACACCGUUGCCAUUGAGGAAUGUCUUUCCCUUCUUGCCCCAGAGAAAGGGACAUAUCCACGAUCUCAAAAGAUUUCCUCACCCUCUUGCAUGUCAACGGCAGGGUGAAUGAUGAGGUGGUCAAUUUCUAUAUGGCGUUGUUGGGGUCGACCGCAUGUGGGUCACGUGACAUCUCUUCAGGCCUUCAAGUCUUCAGCUUUAAUUCGUUCUUCUUCAGUAAACAGCGACUUCAAGG